AGGCAGCAUCAGCAGCGCCCGGAGAUCCGAGCGGAGCCGGGGAGGGAUGCAGGCACCGCCGCCCGCCGGGGUGACACAUCCCUGCGUCCCGCACUGACGGCCGCCCCGCCGCCGGCACUCUCCUCCCGGGCUUGGCGGGGAGCCGGCGGCUCCCGGGGCCGCGCAGCCCAUGGCCAGCUCCGCGCAGCCCCCGGCGGCGGCGGGGGGCGGCGGCCCCGACGGCGGGUCCCUGGCGGGGGGCGGCGAGACCUUCGGGGACCGCUCCCUCAGCCAGGGCUUGAGCGUGCUGGUGGGGCUGGGGCUCUGCGUGACCAUGCUGGGGCUGGGCUGCGCCGUGGAGUUGGGGCAGCUGGGGCAGCAGCUCCGGCGGCCCGUAGGGCUGCUGCUGGCGCUGCUGGGACAAUUCGUGGCCAUGCCACUGCUGGCCUUCCUCCUGGCCCUCAUCUUCGCCCUGGACGAGGUGGCGGCCGUGGCUGUACUGCUGUGCGGCUGCUGCCCCGGGGGCAACCUCUCCAACCUCAUGUCAGUGCUCGUCGACGGGGAUAUGAAUCUGAGCAUUAUCAUGACGGCCUCCUCCACGCUGCUGGCCCUCUUCCUGAUGCCCCUCUGCCUCUGGAUCUAUAGCCGCCACUGGAUCAACACGGCCGUGGUGCAGCUGCUGCCCCUGGGGGCAGUAAGCCUGACGCUGGGCAGCACCCUGCUGCCCAUCGGCCUGGGGGUGCUCAUCCGCUACCGGCACCCCCGCGCCGCCGACCUCCUGGUCAAGAUUUCCCUGUGGUCCCUCUUGGUGACUCUGGUGGUCCUGUUCAUCCUGACUGGGACCAUGCUGGGCCCAGACCUGUUGGCACAGAUUCCUGCAUCUGUCUACGCCAUUGCAGUGCUGAUGCCUCUGGCCGGGUACGCCUUGGGAUACGGCUUAGCCACCGUCUUUAAAAUGCCCCCACACUGCAGGAGAACAGUAUCUUUGGAAACAGGGUGCCAAAAUGUCCAGCUCUGCACCGCCAUCCUAAAACUCACCUUCUCCCCAGAGCUCAUAGGGAGCAUGUACAUGUUUCCCUUGCUCUAUGCGCUUUUUCAGUCAGCAGAAGCGGGACUGUUUGUGCUGGCAUACAAGAUGUAUGGAAAAGACAGCUACAAGCAAGAUACACUUGGUGAAGAGGAGGACACAGAUAUUUCCUACAAGAAGCUGAAGGAAGAGGAGGUGCCUGAUACUUCAUAUGGCACAGUGACCACAGAGGAGCACAACUCCAUUCAGAUGGAGCCGACUCAGACGGCGCUUUAGGCAGGACAAAGAGUUCUACUUCCUCAAAAGUAAACGUGGAAAAAAAAAAAAAAAAGGAAAAAAAAGAAAAAAAGGAAAAA